UCUAGAUUUACUAAAGAAUGCAAGAAAAUCUAUAAAAAGAAAAAGCAGAAAAUCAAAUUUAAUUAACAGCGCAGACGGGGCGGGCACCGCUUCACACAGAAGUCGAUGAUACCACGUGUACGUGCAAGAUGACGUCUAACAGAAUGAUCGUGCGGAGCACCAUUGUUUAACUUUUCCGACAAACACAAAAGCCUCAAAAAUCUAUAACCUCCUUAGAGAUCUCGCCGUCUUCCUCUCCUUACCACCACGCCCGACGAUCCUUGAAUCCGAGAUUUAGGGUUUCACUUUUUCAAUCACCCUUUCUAAAUGCAGCCAGAACAAUAAUAACGGAAAAUUAUGUCACUGGUUCCAAAAUGACUUGAAGUGUUUCUUAUUAGCUUACUUUGAAGGUUAAUUAUUACACGAUCAAGCUUUCAUAGCAACUUAGAAAGGAAAUGCUUAGAUCUAGUGUUAGCAUUUUUCUGUAUGGAACUCUCUGGUGGGUGCAUUUUACUGAAUAUUUCUUGGUGACAGUCGUUUGACAAUCAGAUAUUUUGGAUGGGAAAGAGUAAUGGGGAUUUGAAUGGCAGUGAUGACAUGACAUAUGAUAAUUCUAGAGGUGAGUCAAAGCGAUCUAAUCAGUGGUUCGUGGAUGGCCCUGAAAUGGAUCUGUCUCCCAAUAAGAAACAAGCAGUAGAGGCUCCAAACAGUUUAUUGCCAGGGUUGCUCAACUCCAAUAUUUCGUCAUGGGGAGAUUCUUUAAGUUUUCACUCUUUAACUGGCCAUUUUACUGCGCAACUAUUUGAUCCAGGGGCUGCAUCUAUGAAUUUUGAAGAUGCAAACAUAGAUACUAAGUUGAGUGCGGAAAGAAAGGAUAUCUUGGAUCCUUUUGGGGGUGAUGCCUCAUUUGGUUUAUCCAUGUUAACUACAUUAGAAGAUUCUCAACCAGCUUUUAAUCACGAUGGGACUAGAAAUGUCAAAGUUAAUGAGGUGAAGGAGUCGAGAAAUUUCAUGUUUGUUCCAACUAAUAAUCCCUGUGAUGGAGUUAGCAGCACUGUGUCACACUCUCAUGCAUCCAAGGAAGGUGACAAUUCAAUAUCAACAAGCCUCACAUACAACAAUGGGGAUGCCAAUGUAAUAUUGGUCGACGGUGCUUUUGACAGGAUGGAUACCAAUUUAAUGUCAACGAGUCAAACUUAUAACAAGGGAGAUGGCAACUUAUCAGUACCUCCGACAUACAAAGAGAUUUGCAAUACAAUAUUAAUGGAUCAAGGAUACAUUAAUGUAGAUAGUGAUGCAAUUUCUAUUGCUCAUGCUUACAACAAGGCCUGUGAUAAUUCUAUGUUGAGUAACCACUUAUUCAAUAAGGUUGAAGAUGACACCAUAUUGAUGGGUCAGACUUACCAUCAGAGACCAAAUGACAUGUCAUUUGUUUCUCAUUCUUAUAAUAAAGGAGAAAGCACUAUCAUAUCCUUUGGUGGCUGUGAUGAUGAUGAUGCAAUUCAAUCUGACUCGUUUGUUUCUGACUACGCGCUGUUUAUGGGUCAAGCACCUUCGCAUAUGUCUCAAGUUGCAAAUGAAAAAGAGUUGGUUAGAUCAAGCUCUAAACUAAUUCCAAGUACAACCCAGAUGUCAGCAUUUGAAGCUGAAAAUGUUCCCAGGACAAAAGAGGAGAUGAAAAUGUCUAAAAAAGCUACUUCAAAUAACUUCCCUUCGAACGUCAGAAGUUUGCUAUCCACUGGUAUGCUGGAUGGCGUCUCUGUAAAGUAUAAAGCAUGGUCACGGGAGAAGGAACUUCGAGCUGUUAUAAAAGGUGCUGGGUAUUUGUGCAGCUGUCCAUCCUGUAAUUUUUUUCAGGUUAUUAACGCAUACGAGUUUGAGCGGCAUGCUGGUUGCAAGACAAAACACCCAAAUAAUCAUAUUUACUUUGAGAAUGGAAAAACCAUAUAUGGAGUGGUACAAGAGCUCAGGAGCACUCCACAGAAUAUGUUAUUUGAAGUUAUUCAGACAAUAACUGGUUCACCUAUCCAUCAGAAAUCCUUCCGGAUUUGGAAAGAAUCCUUUUUGGCUGCAGCACGCGAGCUCCAGCGCAUAUGUGGAAAAGAUUAAGUAAAGCAAUUGUUAUAAAGAAGCAAAUUUGAGUUGCAAUAUAGAACAACCUUGUUGGGUACAUAGGAGUAAGUGUUUUGAUACACCUUUUGAUAACUGAUUGUGACCCUACAGUUCGAGUCCUUUACCCUUUUGAGGAAAAUAGGGACUAAAAUAGAAGGAAACUCUUGAAACGAAAUAUAACAUUGGGUGUUGCAAAUUGAAUGUAUCAUGACAUGUAAGUGUAUAGUGAGUAAAUUUCAUGAAGGAAACAUGAUUUUGAUGUCAUGGUCUAAUUAUACAACAAAACCUCUCUAAGUUAUGUUCUCA